CUUCAGUCCACCUUGGCCACCGGAGAGUCCGGUGAACUGGGACAGGAAAGGAGUUGAGAAGCAACUUCAUUCCUUUGAAUCAAAAGACGGAGGCUGGGGAAAGGGAACCUCAAGCUGCUUAGAUCCGGUUCAAACAUUCUCAACUUGGCCUCCAUCACUCGUCUCGGCUCACGAUCGCGGAUGUGAAGUCAACUGGGUCGUAGACUCCCCAAGAUGGACAGAAUCCAGCCUCGGAACGCGGAGGAGCGGGUGCAAGAGGUCCAGCUAGCAGAGGAAAGACAGGACCCAGCAGUGGAAAAGAGCAGAGACAAGGUUGCAGGCCUUGAAUGUGACAAAGCAGAAACAAUGGACCUCAAGUUCAACAACUCCAGGAAGUAUGUCUCCAUCACUGUGCCCUCUAAAACCCAGACAAUGUCACCGCACAUCAAGUCAGUUGAGGACGUCGUGGUGCUGGGCAUGAACCUCAGCAAGUUUAACAAACUCACACAGUUUCUUAUAUGUGUUGCUGGAGUUUUUGUAUUUUACCUAAUUUAUGGAUACUUACAGGAGCUCAUCUUUUCAGUGGAUGGCUUUAAGCCUUAUGGCUGGUACCUUACCUUAGUGCAGUUUGCCUUCUACUCCAUAUUUGGCCUAAUAGAGCUCCAGCUCACUCAGGACAAAAGAAGAAGAAUACCAGGAAAAACCUACAUGAUAAUAGCUUUUCUAACUGUGGGUACUAUGGGCUUAUCAAACACUUCCUUGGGCUACCUGAAUUACCCAACCCAAGUCAUCUUCAAGUGCUGCAAACUGAUUCCUGUUAUGCUAGGAGGAGUUUUUAUUCAAGGGAAGCGGUACAACCUUGCAGAUGUGUCUGCUGCAGUGUGCAUGAGCCUUGGCCUGAUCUGGUUUACCCUUGCUGACAGCACAAUUGCACCAAACUUUAAUCUUACAGGUGUGAUGCUUAUCUCCCUGGCGCUGUGUGCAGAUGCUGUCAUUGGGAACGUUCAGGAGAAAGCUAUGAAGCUACACAAUGCUUCCAACUCUGAAAUGGUUUUAUAUUCGUACUCAAUUGGUUUUGUGUACAUUUUGUUGGGAUUGUCAUGUACAAGUGGACUGGGCCCGGCUGUGGCAUUUUGUUCAAAGAACCCUGUUCGGACUUAUGGCUAUGCCUUCCUGUUUUCCCUCACUGGAUACUUUGGAAUCUCCUUUGUUCUGGCCCUCAUUAAAAUCUUUGGCGCUCUUCUGGCUGUAACAGUGACAACAGGAAGGAAAGCAAUGACCAUUGUCCUGUCCUUUCUGUUCUUUGCUAAGCCGUUCACAUUUCAGUAUGUAUGGUCUGGCUUAUUAGUUGUCCUUGGCAUAUUUCUCAAUGUUUACAGCAAAAAUAUGGAUAAAAUAAGAUUGCCAUCGGUGUACAAUGUGAUAAAGAAAGUCACGGACAUGAGAAAAUCAAGGACGUUGGCACAGACUGUGUAGGAACUGUGUUCGCCUAUUUAAAAUAAAACUCUAAGGGAA